AUGCCAUCAUCAGACCUUCCGGUCGAUGACCCGGUAGAGUCCUUCUGGACCGCCCCACCUCAUCAUCUAGACGACUACAGAAGCUCUGACGCUCCACCAUCUGAGAGCGAUGUUGUCAUUAUCGGGUCUGGAUACGCUGGUGUGGGGACAGCUUACCACAUGUUCAACGCUAGGGACCCGAAGCCAUCCACAGUCAUGCUUGAAGCAAGGAGAAUCACCAGCGGCGCAACCGGCCGGAACGGAGGUCACGUCAAGCCGGAUACGUACGCCGGCAUCACCAGAUACGCCUCCUUGUAUGGAGUCAAGGAGGCUGCGGCGCUGCAGAAGUUUGAGAGCUCGCAAGUGCACCUCGUGAAGCAGCUUGUUGAGAAGGAAGGUCUGGACUGCGACUUCCAUCUGACGAGGGGAGUGGACGCCAUUCUGGAUGCAGACCUCGCCGAGAAGAGAACUAAGGAGUACAAGCAGCUCGUUAAGGAUGGAGUGGUCGAUAUGAAGGACGUUGCCUACACGCCAAAAAAGGAUGCAGAGCGGGUGUCGGGAGUGAAGGGUGCUCAGGCCGCUUUCUCCUUCACAGCGGCCCACGUCUGGCCGAGGAAAAUGGUGCAUCAGCUACUGGAGAAGUUGAUAGACCAGGGUCUGCAAGUUUACGCACACACGCCGGUGACGGAGAUCUCCUCCACAAGGGACGAGCGAGGCCGCUGGACGGUCACUACUCCACGAGGGACAAUCAAGGCCAAGAAGGUUGUGGUGUGCACAAACGCGUACACGUCGUCUGUGCUUCGGCAGUACAAGGGCAAGAUCGUCCCCGUCCGCGGCGUAUGCAGCCACAUCAGCUCGCCAAAGGGCGCCAAAACACCCCAUUUGCCAUCGACGUAUUCAAUGAGAUUCGAUGCCGAGUAUUACGAUUACCUGGUCCCUAGAGCUGACGGCAGCAUCAUCGUCGGUGGUGCUCGAGAAGUUUUCUGGCACGACAAGGACUCGUGGUGGGACAACAAGAACGACAACGAGCUGGUCAAGAACGGUGAGAAGUACUUUGACGGGUACAUGCAGAAGUAUUUCCAUGGCUGGGAAGAUUCUGGGGCCAAGCUGGACAAGAUUUGGACUGGCAUUAUGGGGUACAGCUCAGACCUUGUGCCACACAUAGGCGAGGUUCCUGGAGCGCCAGGACAAUACAUCUGCGCCGGCUUUUCUGGACACGGGAUGCCCCAAAUAUUGUUGGCUAGUCAGGGAAUAGCUAAGAUGGUCGUUGAGGAUGUGCCGUACGAGCAAACCGGGCUGCCCAGGGUGUUCAAGACUUCCCAGGCUAGGUUAGACUCGAAAGCCAACCACAUGGAAGAACGGUUCAAGAGUGUGUGGAAACGACCCCAACCACGACUUUGA